GCCCCGACGCAUGCGCCCUCCGACCCUAGGCCACCUUUCCUGAAUAAACAGAGAUACCCGAGUCUCAGAAGAAACCUCACCCCUCACCAGCCAGGGAAGCGCUUACCUCAAAGCGAGGUGUGUGGGCCUUAUCUCAUCGGGGAAAAGCCACCCCACUUCCAACGCUUUUAACACGCACGCUGUACAAACUUACUGCGCUGUCCGCUCGCGAAUAGCUGCCACUCCCGCCUGUCAAACCUCUUCGCAAACAUCCGCCUCUGAACCGGAAAAUGAACAGGUCUCCAUAGAAACACAUUCCCGCCUCCUUUCGAAGACUAGUGAGGAACGGAAAAUCUGUCCGGGAGCAAACAGGGCUCGUUCUGUGGAACGUUCCGCAUCUUUGGAACAGUCCAGGAGCCGUGAUGGAGCAGAGCCCUGGCCGGAGUUGGCCCUCGGAUGUACGCGGUUGUUGGCCCUGCUGUCCUGUAUGGUGGCUCCCGCGGGGCUUAGCCCUCGGUCCAUCCCUGUCCGCCGAGAGAGAGCUUGGCGUGUGGUGUGUGGGCAGCGCCUUACAGCCAGGGGCGCUGCUGCUCUUGUUAGGGCCACGGGAAGAGGAACAGGAGGGGGACGCUUCCCCGGAGCGUUUUCUAUCAGCCUGCUGGAAAGAGGAUUCUCCUUGCAAUAGGAUAUCAAACUGGAAGAGCCUGGUGAAACAAAGCCGAGAUAAAGAGGAGGCAAAUGUGGCAUUAGUAUGGAUCAGUGGGGAGCUCCACAUCCGAGUAUGCUGCCCCAUUGCUGCUGGCACUGAAUUGCUGUACUGGUUAACAGAGGCCCAGGCCAGUCCUGCCUGCCUGGAAAAUAACACACCAGCGAGUAUAUCAGAUUGGAUAAUUUUCACAGAGAGGAAAAAAGUACAGAAACAGCUAGCUAAGACCAUCACUGUGAAAGCAGAGGCUUUGGCACAGAAAAGAGAUGCUUCCCUAGAUGGAAAUGCAAUAAAUUCGUUUGCAGGUGCUUCUGAUAUUCCCAAGGUUGUGGAGCAGAAAGCCAGAGGCCAUUGUCUUCCUCUGCUGGAUAAGAAGCUAUCAAUGAAACAAUCUCUUGGCUCAGACAAUGAUCACAAGAAAAGGAAUGAAAAUGCAUCCCCCCAAUGUGAGCUCAGGGAGUCCAAGGCUCAGCAUAGAGAGAAUCAGCCCCUCGUGAAUUGCUCUGUAGUUGAGGAGGAUGGAAGCAAUGAGGAUGGUGGACUGCAUCCUCAAACAGAGCAACUGAAAGAGAUACUAUCCGAGGCAAAAUUGACUGAAAUUUGUUUGCAGUCACCCCCAUCCAAUGCAAUUCACCUCAGUGCUCAUUUGGCUGAGAAGAUGGAGGUGUUAGGAGGCCAAUCUUGUGCUGGAGUCCCCAGUGAAUAUGCCAUGUCUACACCUGGGAACACGGUGGAGGAGCAGAGUGAGAAUCCCAAACAGGAGGAAGGGCCUCGUAGCAACAACGGCUGUGCUCCACAGCUCAGGGAGGCCGGCAGUGAGCGACGAUACCAGUGUGAGGAGUGUGGUAAAGCUUUCCUGCAGCUUUGCCACCUGAAAAAACAUCGCUUUGUACACACCGAUCACAAACCAUUCCUGUGCACAGAGUGUGGCAAGAGCUAUAGCUCUGAAGAAAGCUUCAAAGCACACAUGCUGGGCCACAGAGGGGUGCGGCCAUUUCCCUGCCCACAGUGUCACAAGACUUACGGCACCAAACGUGAUCUUCAAGAGCACCAGGUGCUUCACACAGGCCAGCGCCCUUUUGUCUGCCCGGACUGUGGGAAAUCAUUUGCCCGACGACCCUCUCUUCGUAUCCAUCGCAAAACGCACCAGGCUAAGGAGCCAAGCCUUUCUCCCUCAGCUGCCUGCCAGUGUGUGAUAUGUGGGCGGCACCUGGCCAACCCUGGGUCACUGCGCAACCAUAUGCGGCUACACACAGGGGAACGUCCUUAUACUUGCCCCUACUGUCCCAAGUCUUUCCGUCAGCAAGGCAAUCUUCGUGGGCAUCUUCGGUUGCAUACAGGGGAGCGCCCUUACCGUUGCCACUUCUGUGGGGAUGCCUUCCCACAGCGCCCUGAGCUGCGCCGUCACUUGAUCUCCCACACAGGUGAGGCUCAUCUGUGCACAGUCUGUGGGAAAGCCCUGCGUGACCCCCACACAUUGCGGGCUCAUGAACGUCUGCAUACAGGUGAGCGGCCUUUCCGCUGUCAUCUAUGUCCCAAAUCUUAUCCUCUAGCCACAAAAUUGCGCCGCCACCAGAAAGUCCACCAUGGUGACAAGCCCCACCAGUGCAAUAUAUGUGGCAUGGGGUAUGCCCUCCCCCAGAGCCUGCAACGUCACCAGCUUGAGCACAAAGAAAGCCUAGAGGGGGAUCCAUCCAAAACUGGUCCCCAGGAGCUACCAGCUUCAGAGCAGCCUGCUGUGCUGGUAGUGCACUCUGUGGAUAUGGCAGUGCCUGGAAACAAAGCAGAGCUCCUCAUCACCAAUGAUGGGCACUAUGUUACUACACAGCAGAGCUCUGCCAAGCAGAAGGAUGUCAUUGAGAUUGCUCUCUCAGAAGCUGAGAAAGAAUGCAUCAUUGUGCAGGAGCAGGGCUCCUCCAGUGAUAUGUUCAUUAUUCAAGAGGGUGUUAGUUUUGGCACAGUGGCUGAGGUAGUUGAGGUAGAAGUGGGCACAUGACUGUCAGUCUUUUUACAGGUGGCAUUAAAGGAGUUUCGGAAGUGCUGUCUCUGUGUGCUUGCAAGACAACAACAUGAGGGCUAAGAAACAUAUACUUGGCUGUUUAGAAGGGAAUAGGUGUUUUUUGUUUGGCCAAGACCCUGGCUGGGUUUGCUACGCUAUUUCCAAAGCCUGUAAGCCUAGACAAUGGGUCAGAAGGUAUGCCUGGAUGACCUUCACUAAGCAUUUCAUUCAUACUAUCAACAUUUGUUUUAAGAUGAUCCGGGGCCAGGAGCUAUACCAGGUCUACUUUACGUGUUACAUGAGUUUAGUGAAUGUGUGGCAAAACUCAGAAUGGUGAAGAUUAUGCUGAUGUUUACAUAGUUACCAUUAUAUCAUAUGUGUACACCUGGUCCAAAAAUUAUUGUAUACUGUAAUUUUUACAGUAUUACUAUUACUGUAAUAGAAAGUAUGGAAGUAUAGUUAUUUUAAAGCAAAAGAGCAGGAACGUCCAUUAAUUUACCAGGGUAUACAAGGAUUAUGCUAACACCACUGAGGUUUUAAGGUUCUUUACCAUCAUGGUAAAAGCAAAUAUAAAUAACAGCAAGCUACCAUUCCUAACCCAUUCACCCCAACUGUGCCCAGAUGUGGUUUAAGUCAGUUGUUGCAUUUGGGUAGGUGAUAAAGACAUCAGAUGCCUGUUUUAGUUACAGCAAAGUACAAGUACUUUAUUUUGGUGAUGUAGCAGCUCUCAAAAACAUUGCAGUCUUAACAUAUGUAAUCAAUCAUGUGACUGCCAAAUUAUAUAGGUACUUCUUGUGCUAGUUAUACCUCUUCAUGUGCUGCUACUGGUGCUGUUAUGAGAACUACCAUGCAAUCUAGACAAAUCGUGAUGGUUGGUUACAUAUAUUAUUACCAUGAUGUGGAGCCCUGACUACCAGAAGCACGUGUUUCAAUAUCUACUAAGACAGCAUGUGGAUUAUGCCCAAGUCAAUGUAUAUUGCAGUCUGAGUGAGAAUUGUAGACCAGGGUGGCUGCAACUAUAGUCCAAAGGUUUGCUUUUAAAAUCAUAUCUUGAUGCCCACUCUCUUAUGCUGAAGCUUAAUGGUCUAAGUGUUGAUGUCCCAGGAAACCCUAAACAUUCUUGGUUCUCCCAAUGGAGGCGGAUUCAGGUUUUUCCAAUAACAAACAGGCAGCAAGAGAUGGUGUUUGAACUUGUAUUGAAAAAUAAUAAAUGUAUUGCCUUCAAGUCGAUUCCGACUUAUGGCGACCCUAUGAAUAGGGUUUUCAUGAGGCUGAGAGGUCACCCAGUAAGCUUCAUGGUUGUGUGGGGAUUCGAACCCUGGUCUCCCAGCUAUUAAAAGCACAACAUGGAAAUUAGGCAGAGAUGUGUGUCUUAUAUCUCUGGCAUCAUUUUGUAGGUAUUGUAGAACAUUUAUCGGGUAGGAAUCAAUUAAGGCAAAACAAAAGCUCAAGAUCACUAACCUGGAAAUUGUGUGCUCAGUUAGCAGUUGCAUAUGAUGUAUCUGUUGCUGGAAUGGACCACUUCAGACUGAAGGCGCAAGAACCAACUGGUGGAAGAAUCAAGUUUUCAUUCACAUGGCAUUAAAUUAAUUUGUCUUAAAUGCAUCUCAUAGAUUUUUUAAAAAUGAAAAUAGCAAUUCAUUAUAUUGUCUCAUUUUAAUGUAGUAAUUUGCCAUAUUUGCCACUUUAUAUUCUUUCUUAAGAUUUUCCUUCAUUGUGAUUGCCAUUGUUAAGCUAUACUUACCUUUACUGGCUUAUAUGGGAGGUGGUGCAGGAUAGAACUACCUGCAUAUUUAUUCAAAAGCAUACCUGGUAUACUGGACCUAAAUGCAGAGGGGUUGGCAGAGUGGAGGGUGGUAUUUUUCACAAAGGCAGCAUUUGAUUCCCUCAUCUAUAGGCUGAAGUGACAGAAUCAAGUAAUAAAUCUGUUGUGAUA